UAUGAUUGGUGGAGAGCGCCGAGUGGGCGGGGUCGGGAGGCGAGGGCAGCGGCGCUAUAAGAGGCCGUUGGCGCGCAGUGGAGGCACUCGGGGGGUCUCUGUGGAGCGGCUGAGCGCGGCGACAGGAUGUUCGAGGCGCGGCUGGUGCAGGGCUCGGUGCUGAAGCGGGUGCUGGAGGCGCUCAAGGACCUGAUCACCGAGGCCUGCUGGGACCUGGGCUCGGGCGGCAUCAGCCUGCAGAGCAUGGACUCGUCGCACGUCUCGCUGGUGCAGCUCACGCUGCGCUCCGAGGGCUUCGACACCUACCGCUGCGACCGCAACAUCGCCAUGGGCGUCAACCUGGCCAGUAUGUCCAAAAUACUGAAGUGUGCUGGCAAUGAAGACAUAAUCACGCUCAGAGCAGAGGACAAUGCUGAUACGCUGGCUCUGGUAUUUGAGGCACCAAAUCAAGAGAAGGUUUCUGAUUAUGAGAUGAAGUUGAUGGAUUUGGAUGUGGAACAGCUUGGAAUUCCUGAACAAGAAUACAGCUGUGUAGUAAAAAUGCCUUCUGGUGAAUUUGCACGAAUCUGCAGAGAUCUCAGCCAUAUUGGAGAUGCUGUUGUCAUUUCUUGUGCAAAAGAUGGUGUAAAGUUUUCUGCUAAUGGAGAGCUAGGAAAUGGAAACAUCAAGCUAUCACAGACCAGUAAUGUGGAUAAGGAGGAGGAAGCUGUUACAAUAGAGAUGAAUGAGCCAGUGCAGCUCACUUUUGCUUUGAGGUAUUUGAAUUUUUUUACCAAAGCCACACCACUGUCACCUACAGUUACACUUAGUAUGUCUGCAGAUGUUCCACUGGUUGUGGAGUACAAGAUUGCUGAUAUGGGACACUUAAAAUACUAUCUUGCCCCCAAGAUUGAGGAUCAACAGGAUGGUUCUUAAAGAGCACUAGAAUCAAGGGAAAAUCCACUGAAAGCUGUUGGAAUUGAAACUCUUCUAAGAAAGCCAGUGUGCAAGUUAGCAGUCUGAAGCAUUGAAUCAACGCUGUUAGGCAUAUUUGUAGAUAUUUCUUUGUAAAUAUUUUUCAACUUUGUAAUAUUUGUAUCUCUGCUAUUCUAGAUCAUUUGUCUAUUACAUUCUUUUUUAGAUGCUGUUUUUAGAACCUAAGCUUUUUUAUUCCCUUUGGAAGUUGCAAGUGGUAAGAGUACAAUACUGAAACAUAGAUAUGCAAACUGUAGUGUCUUGAGGGCUGGGCUCUACCUGUGAAACUUCAGUUCACUGAGGCUGACUAAUGUAAAGAAUUCAUUCAGCUUUUACAAUUGCCUUAUUUUGAAAAUGGAAGCUAUAAUAUAAUUGAAAUGUGAAAGUGGUAAUAAAGAACAUUACUCAAAUGUUA